AAGCGUUCUUAUUGGCUGGCGACUGACCUUUCACUUAUCACGUGGUUUAAAAGCUUCAGUAGGAUGGCGCCUAAAGUUGUCAUGUUCCCACACGGCAUACCUCUAACUCAUGUCUGUUAUCCUUAGGUCUUAACGUCGCCAACAAGCCACUGUCGCUAUUGUUUUCCAUCAGUCAUGAGUGUGCUGGAGGUGAAGUUCAUUGGCGAUGGAGAUGUUCUGGAGCACAUCGUGGACAAACAGCAAGGUGCGCAGUGCAACAGUGGGCCAGCUCAGAGGAUAGUAACGUUCAAGAGCCCGGCUGGGCGACAUGCCAGGGAGGAUGCAGAGCAUGACGGGGAUGGAAAUGGAGUCUUUGAUGAGCAGAAUUACAUCCAGGCGUUAGGAACAGACAAUACAGAAGAAGAGGAGGAGGGCCUGUCCAGAGUGGCUGGAUCCUCUAUUUUCACUUUUCAGAAAGCCAGACGUGGCCACAGCAUGGCUCAGACUGCGAAUGAGUUGGCACGGACACCUGGAAAAAGUGUCACUUUCAAUACUGUCCCAAGUGUUGAACCAUCCACUCCCACCAGAACAGGCCGCAGCCACAGAGGUGAAAGUAGGACUCCUCAGAGGAACAAAAAGGUUCAGUUUGUCUCUACAACACCACACCGGCUCAGGAAAAGAAUAACAACUCCAAGCCUCCGGUCCGACAGCGACAGUGAACUGUCACCCUCAGACUCUGGGGAAGAUGAGGAGGAACAUGGGACGGAAGAGGAGCAAGCAAUGAAGAAAGAAGACAAGGAGAACACAAAGGCUCCAAGAACACCUAGUAAGGGUUUAUCUGCAGCUCUCUACAAGACCCCUGCCAAGAAGAGCAAGAGCACUUCUGAACCCCUCAACCAGCCCAGCAUGGUUGAGGAGUAUUUCGAGGCUCAUGGCAGUUCAAAAGUCCUGACAUCAGAUCGCACCCUUGAGCGUUUACACACCCCUAAACUAGACAGGGAGACACUGGUCCGGCUUUUGGAAGGAAAGCCAUCCAGCUUCUCAAAAGAGAUUCAGCAGCUGCACAGCAAACACAGAAAGCACUUCAGCAAAUGGAUGUUACAGUUACAGCUGGGCUUCAGUGUGCUGGUCUAUGGGUUGGGUAGCAAAAAAGGUCUCCUAGAGGACUUUCGUGUGUCUUACCUCUCUGAAGCAAUCCACCUGGUCAUAAAUGGAUUCUUCCCUUCCAUUACUCUUAAAUCGAUCUUAAAUGCGCUGACAUGUGAGGUUUUGGAGCACCAGGGGAGCUUCCGAACGCCCUCAGACCAGAUCCAGUUCAUCGCCCAGACCCUUAAAGACAGUCCUGAUCUUCAUGUGUACUUGCUCAUCCACAACAUUGAUGGACCAAUGCUGCGAGGAGAGAAGACUCAGAGUGCUCUGGGGCAGCUUGCAUCGAUCCCCAACCUGCACUUAGUGGCUUCUUUAGACCACAUCAAUGCUCCCUUGGUGUGGGACCAGUUUAAGCAGAGCCAGUUUAACUGGUUGUGGUGGGAGUGUGUGACGUUCCAGCACUAUGCUGAGGAGACUUCCUAUGAGAACUCUCUUCUGGUACAGCAGACUGGUGCUCUCGCCCUGUCAUCCCUGACGCACGUACUUCGCAGCUUGACACCAAAUGCAAGAGGAAUUUUCAAACUACUAGUGAAGUUUCAGCUGGAAAACAAGGACAAUCAUUCAUAUACAGGUUUGUCCUUCCAGGAUUUCUACCAGCGCUGUCGAGAGGCAUUCUUGGUCAACUCUGACUUGACACUAAGGACACAGCUGACUGAGUUCAGAGACCACAAGCUGAUACGGACACGCAAGGGUGCAGACGGGGUGGAGUACCUGCUCGUUGCUGUGGAUGCAAGCACGUUGAUAGAUUUCCUGGAGAAUGAGGAGGGUGACUGAGCAGAGGAGGCCUCAUAAGAUAAAGUCUGGUGGAAAUUAGGAAUUGAAGUGUGAUGAAUAUAAUAUCAUCAUCAUCUUGCGGACACUGUACAGAUUAAAUAAAUCUCUUGAAUGUUU